ACGUAGAUAAUAGCUAAAAACUCGACUCGUCAGUGUUGGAACAAGCAGUCAUGGCGAACUACAUUUGGUUUAUUCUUUCUAUAUUAACAGUCGCUUCAGCAAAUAUCAGGAUUUUCCUUGAAAGAACGAAAAUUGAACAACAAGAUGAAAAUAAUAAACAAGAGAGUAAUUUUGGCUACAUGCUAGGGAUUUUGCCGGCUUCAUUAACGAAUUACAAAAACGUAUAUUACACAGGAAUAGUUUCCUUGGGAACGCCGGAACAGAAGUUCCGAGUGCUUUUCGAUACAGGGUCCACGGUUCUGUGGAUAUACUCUAAACAAUGCUGGUGGUCGUGGCCGUGUUGGACACGAUCGUCGUACAAAUCUUCCAAAUCAAAGACACACCUAUCAGAUGGGACGGGUAUUUCAGUGGUCUAUGGCAGGGGCAAAAUGUCCGGCUUCGUCAGCAUCGAUAAAUUACGUUUCGGCAAUACAGGCGCUUUGGUGAAGUUCGCAGAGGCCACGGGAGUCAACGACGGAUUCCUCGCUGCGUUCACGCAGAAGUUCGAUGGCGUUUUCGGUCUCGGUUUACGAGACACCAGCCCGGGCGAAAUUAAACCACCUUUCUACGACUUGUCAAAAUAUCUGGACAAACCGGUUUUUUCGCUGUAUUUAAACAGAGAUGAUAAUUCACCGAAUGCCGGAGGUGAAAUAAUUUUCGGCGGAAUGGACACUACGAAAUUUUAUGAAGAGACUCUGACCUUUCACAACACUGUGGCCAAUAUGUGGGCAGUCGUAAUAGACAAAGUCCAUGUUGGAGGAAAUAUGGUGUUUGAAUGUACAAACGGAUGCACUGCGAUACUAGAUACGGGCACGUCUUACAUAGUCGCUCCCAAGCAAGCGAUUCAAAACAUCAGACGUUUCAUGGGCACGGACGAAAAUGGAAAUAUGCCAUGCGAAGAUUACGGCCAACUACCUAUGCUCGAGUUUGAAAUAGAUGGGAAACUGUAUUCAGUUAAUGUAACAAACUAUAUCAACAAGCACAAGACACUUUGGUGGGAAGUGUGCCAUGACAGCUUAGUCGACAACAACAUGGCAAAUCUUUGGAUCCUCGGGGACGUUUUUCUAUCCAAUUAUUACACCGUGUUCGACAUUGAUCAGAAAGUCGUUGGAAUUGCGUCCCUCAGAAGACAAAAUUAAGAAUCUUAAAUUUAUAUGUUUUCAUGAGUUUUUAUAAUGUUCAAAUACCGGUAAUAAAUUCUUUAAGCAGAAAAUAAUGUUUCUGUUUUAAACAUA